CUCGUCGAUUACGCCUCAAUUCGAAGAACACGGUUACAGUGGUGCGCAUGCGUAGGAAAAGAGCGUUACCUUUGCAAAAUGCGUCUCACAAUCCGAGCGCUGAUCUCCCACGGGCGGGUGGCACGGAGAAUUGGCCUGGGCCCUGAAUCCCGAAUAAAUAUGCUUCGGAACAUCCUAACGGGUUUGGUUCGACAUGAGAGGAUCGAGACUACCCGAGCCCGAGCCGACGAGGUUAGAUUUUACGCUGAAAAGUUAAUUGACUACGCCAAAAAAGGAGAUACUAAUAAAAAGUCAAUGGAAAUGGCAAAUUUUUGGCUCACGGAAAAAGAUCUGAUUCCGAAGCUUUUCAAAGUACUUGCUCCAAGGUUUGAAAACCAGUCCAGUGGAUAUACUCUGAUGGCCCGUAUUCCAAACAGGGAAAACCUGGACCGGGCUGCUAUGGCUGUUAUUGAGUAUAAGGGCAACCCAUUCCCACCAUUGUUUCCUGUUAGACGUACGAAUGACCUGAACCUGGUUAACCAGCUUCUAAAAGGGUACAGAGAAGAAAAAGCCCAAAUGGCUGCUAAAAUUACGGACUCAUGAUUCGUUCAUCAUCAUAGUACACUGUUUUGUUUAGCACCAAUGUAAAUGGUUUUGUACAAAGGUUUGGAUAUGUAAAGCCUUUAUUUAUGUCUUCUUUCAAACACUGUAGUAAAAAUAAUUUGAUUGAAUAAAAUGAUCCGUAUUCUAACAAUGUU